AUUGAAAAUGUGGAUUUAUCUAUGGCGCUUACUGUAAAAGUAAAUUUAAAAUGAUGGUAUACAAAGUACCCUUUAUUUACACACUCAGCCGGACGCUUCGAAACAGUAAAAUCAGUCUUCUUUCGACUUUUGAAUAGAUUUCACUGUAUACCGAAUCGUCUCUCAUUCACAAAGAUAUCCCCACCGAGCGAAUGUACAGACUUUGCUCGAAAACUGUCUCAACAAGAUAUGAUUCGGCGUGUCUCGAGAUGCAUGAAAACGGCGAAUUCGAGCCUGCGGCCAAUGCGGAAUUUGCACGAGUCGAUGUGCACGACGUUCGUCCACUCGAGAGUGUUAAAAAUGUCGUCGACAAAAGCAGCAGCAGCAACAGCCGAAAGCAAUUGGAAACUUUAUUAUUUCAACGUGACCGGAGUCGCCGAACCGCUGAGAUACCUGCUGCACUACUGUAAAGUUCCCUAUCAAGAUGUUCGCUUCGAGUACGAAGAUUGGAUCAACGUUUACAAGAAAGUAAUGCCGAUGGAGCAGGUGCCGGUACUCGAGAUCGACGGAGUUAAAUAUCAUCAGCACUUGUCGAUCUGCCGAUACUUGGCGAAAAAAUACAAUCUCUAUGGCGAUAAUGACCUCGAGGCGAUGAGAAUCGACGCUGCGCUCGACGACAUCAACGACAUUCGUACGGAAAUAGGCAAAUACUACAACGAAGUUGACGACAAAGUCAAGCCAGUACUGAAAGAUCGAGUUCUCGCUAAAAUUCCUUUUUACGUGGAUAAGUUUGAGAAUCAAGUCGCUUGCAAUGGAGGACACUUUGUCAAUGGCAAAUUAACGUUGGUUGACAUUUAUUACGCUGGCAUCGUCGAGAUCAUGUCGAACAUUGUGGGUGAAAAUAUUAACGAAGGCAAGCCGUGUUUAACGAAACUUAUCUCGAAGAUAAGAGCUUUUCAGGAUAUCAAAGUGUACCUUGAAACUCGACCAACGACUGUUUUAUGAAUUAAAAAUUCUUUUAUCAAAUAAUUGUUGAAAUAAAACUUAUAGAAUU